GUAUCAUCUGUCAAAAUCGGAACGACAUGAGUUUCUCCAUUUCUUGCAGCUCAAGAAAUAACGACUUUACUGCUGAAGAGAUGGAGGAUCUUGCAAUAAGGUAAAGAGAAGUUGGGCGCUGGUUGAAUCAGAUAAUUGUUGUGUCCUCGCAUUUGAUCGCACUCUGUAACCCAAAAGGUAUUCCUUCCAUGUACUAGCCUUGGUAGAAUGAAUAAUGAAAAAAUAAGAUUGAUAGAAAAUUACCAGAGUAUGCUGCACUCUGAUUUUAAAAACUUCUGACGUGAGUAAAGUUGAUUCAAAUGAAUUAGAGAUGUUUAGUCUUCAUUUUGCGUUUGGAAUCUAUUAAACUCCGGCGCGUAGGUAAAUUGCUGUGUCCUUUAAAAACUAUUUUUAUUUUCCAACUGUAAAAUGUUUCUGUCUAAAUACAUGUACUUCAGUUCAGUAACUUUUCUGUCUUUAUCCCAGCUGUCAUGUGUUUUCAUUUUGAGUCGUACUGAGUUUUAAGAACUGACUGGAUUUGUUUGAAUUGUGAUAGUCAACGAGAAGGCUCUUGUUAUUGGUGGUGCGGAAAGAUGGUUUCUUCCCCCAAGAGUAAGGUUAAUUGGGAACUGGCAAGAGACGCGCAAGGGAGCCAGUACUAAUUAUCAAUGGGCUACCUGCAGACCUCUCCCUGGCUAGUGUUGCUCACGGCCUAAAACUUUUUCGUGGGUAAAGAAAAGCUCGCUAAAUAUGAGGGCCUAUACACCGAAUCGAAAUAUGACGUCCAAUUGAGUUACUAUUGUUGAGGACUUAUUAGCCUCGUCAUCAUUACUAGCCUCUAAUGUGCGAGAGGCUAGUAAGUCCAGAACAAUGGCAAUUCAAAUUGCACGCCAUACUUUGAUUCGGUAUAUUCGCAAGCAAGGUUGACCUCUUAAUGAAUUGUACACUAGCACAUUUGACACUUGCCUGUGUAUUCUCAUCAAACAGAUGCUUCUUCUGCUGUGAUUACGAGGCAAAAAUAGUUUUUCAUGUUACUGACACGUUCUUAGGGUCUUGUUAUGUUCUCUGAGAGUCUGUCGAGCAUUGACUAAAACUAUUCAUAAAAAUGAUUAUAACAGAUUCGUGAAGUAAAAAAGGAUUGAUAAAAGAUACAGGGCAAGAAAUUUAAUUGCGAUACACAUUUUAAAUCAAUUUAUAUCGUUUUGUUUAUGUUUUCAAAAAGGAAUGGUGCAAGAUUUUCCGCCUGCGAUAAUGAAUUAUCGGAUUCUGAGGUGAGUACCUUUAGCAGCUUUUAUGAUGGUUUCUAAGAACAGCAGUGCAUGACGCACCACCAGUACCCGAGAGACCGAUGGUGUGUCCAUUACAAGAGAGUGGACAGGAUCUUCGAGUUAGUUGUCUGGUACAAGGGACAUCGGAACUGCAGCUACUAAGUGAAUGUGAUGAUCGACCUCGAUGUGGGCAGCAAACCAAGCAUUUCCAAGUAAAUGGUGUGAACUUUCUCGGUGAGACUGAGCAAGCAAUUGAACACAGCUGCGAUAUGCAAGAGUUGCGAUUGUGGGAAAAUGCAAUUGUCAGGCAAGUAUCUAAUCUGCAGGCUAAAGAAAAGAAAUAUUUCACAAAAUCAUUUUGGGCAACAGACAAAGGUUAA